AUGAAGGCAACACUACUUCUCCUGUUGGUAGCUCUGUGCGCCGUCGCAGUGGUAACGGCUCGUCCUGACGGCAAGGGUGGAAGGGCUGAGGAGAAGGGCCAUGGUAAAGGCCAAGGCAAGAGCCAAGGCAAGGGUAACGCAGAGGAAUCGGCCGAGGAUGCUGACGGAGAUAGCCAGGAGUCUCAGCAAGGAAACGGCAAAGCAAAGGGUGGAAAGGGUGGAAAGCCCGAGAAGACUGAAGAUGCUGGACCACGCGGUGGAAAGGGUAAACAGAAUGCUGCGGAAGCCAAGGGAAAGGGCCAGGAAAAGGAUAACGGCAAGGGAAAGAGAAACAAGAACUAAACUCAUGAUCUAAUGGAAAAUCGAUUACAAUAAAAAGGAAAAUCUAUAAAACAAAAUCACCUGAAUGCUAUCCAACAUUAACAAUAAUGCUAUCGGAGACAAAAAAUCGAUGACGCAUACAAUCUUAUGUUAUAUUAUCCUUAUAAGGAUUUAACAUAGAAUUGCCAUUCCAUUCAGACACAAGGCGGCAUUUCAUCAAACAUUACAACACUUCUUAAGCACUUUUCGUGAAGAAUCCACCAGAGAAUAAUCCGUAUCUCACUAAGAACAUCUAUUUUUAUUUUAAAACAAUAUUUUGUACUUAUUGUCCUAACCUUCAAUCGUGAAAAUCAUGAAUGAUUUUGUUAAUACCACUUAACAAAAUUUACCUAAUCCGUCUAGUGAAAUUCACGUUACUCCGAUUUUAUGCUUAAUUCUUUGGUUCAUAAAUGAUACUCCACAAGAUACAGCAGUAAACUUUACUAAACCGUAUGUUGGAUUAUGUCGUACAGACAUAUUUCCUAAAGUUCCUUUUCAAGUUCCACUUCACUGCUUCUGCUGCAGUUGUCAAGAAAAUCGCUUCAAAAAUCAUUAACAAUCAUAGCGUACUAGCUACGCAACA